AUGAAUGCAAGUGCAAUUAUUACAUAUCACCCCAUCAUCUUCCACGGUAUCAAGAAGCUGACUCCCGAUGAUCGUGUCGCUCGUAUCGUCAUGGGAUGCAUCAAGAACGAUAUUGCUGUCUACUCGCCUCAUACAGCGUGUGAUGCAUCAAAGGGAGGUGUAAAUGAUUGGAUUGUGGAUGGAUUGGGAGAAAUCGCGAGCAGUGCACCCAUCACCCCAGAUCGUGAGAAUCCUGAAUUUGGAAUUGGUCGAAUUGCUACGCUGGCUAGUCCCUAUCCAACGAUCUCGCAACUGAUUGAGCGAAUGAAGGUCCAUUUCGCGAUUCCCCAUCUGCAGUUAGCUACCAAUCUUCCGCUCGAUUCUCCAGUUCGCAAAGUGGCUGUGUGCGCCGGAUCCGGCGAUAGUGUGUUGGCUGUAAUCGAAGCGGAUUUUUAUGUGUCCGGAGAGCUGAGUCAUCACGUGAUUCUGGAUGCGGUCUCGCAUGAUCGCUCUGUGAUGGUGUGCAAUCAUUCGAACACAGAACGAGGCUUUUUGAAGGAGCUGCGAGCGCGAUUGGAGAGUGAAUUGGGCGAAGAGUUCACGUUUGUCGUGUCGCAAACCGAUCGAGAUCCGUUGUCCGUUUUCUGCUUUGUUUGUUCCACACCUGUGAUAAGACUGAUUGUCUAUUUAUUCGUCGAUGUGUCUAGCUGA